AUGAAGCCGGGCCACCGCAACAUUAUUCGAUCCACCGCCUCGUCCCAUUUCGACAAGAAGAAAGGGGAACGGGAAAGCUUUGUGCCAGCAUACCAACCAGAUGUCAUCCAUGGGAAAGGGAGGGGUGUCGUCAUCCUCCUUCAUGGCGCCCCUGGGGUCGGCAAGACGGCGACAGCCGAGGCAGUAGCCCAAGAAUUCAAAAAGCCCUUGUUUCCGAUCACCCGCGGGGAUUUAGGAACCACGCCCGUGGACGUUGAGAAGACCCUCAAGGACAUUUUCCGCUACGCCCAUUUGUGGGAUUGCAUCCUGCUGCUAGACGAGGCGGAUGUGUUCCUCACACAGAGGGACAGGACCGAUGUUGAACGCAACGCUCUUGUCUCAGAAUACUACAACGGCAUCCUUUUCCUUACAACCAACCGCGUAGGCGCGCUCGACGAGGCCUUCCGCUCGCGGGUUCACGUCAGCCUCUACUACCCGCCUCUCUCGCUUUCAGACACUCUCGCCAUCCUCAAAGAUAACCUUAACCGGCUGCCUCGGGUUGAAAAUCUGCCCGAAGGCGAAGAGGCCGGUCCGGGCCACAUCCAAGUUCAGGACGAGGAGAUCGAAGGGUUUAUCACGGACGAGUUUAGCAUGCGCUAUGAGAAAUACCGCCGAGGUCCCUGGAACGGGCGACAGAUCUGCAACGCGGUACAGAUUGCUAGCUGCCUUGCCUUUUACGAGGUGUAG